UGAACAGGCACGACACAAUUUAGUACAUACAUACAUAUGGUCACGUCUAUAUCCCUUGUGGGGUAGACAGAGCCAAUUGUCUUGAAAAUACUGAUAGGCCACGCUCAGCUAUUUGGCUUAAUGAUAGAAUUGAGAUUCAAAAAUAGCGACAGGUUGCUAGCCCAUCGCCUUAAAAUAGAAUCCCAAGUUUGUAAGCCUAUCCCUUAGUCGCCUUUUACGACAUCCAUAGGAAAGAGAUGGAGUGGUCCUAUUCUUUAGUCACAAUUUAGUCAUGAUGUGUAUUAUAGUAUAGUGUAGGUAUAUAGUUACUAUGAAGCCCUGUUAUUUGAUAUGAUACUAUAGGUACUGAGAAUGUCAAAAGAACAACAUCGAUUCAUCCUUUCGGAAAUAACAAUACUGCAGUACCUACAUAAUAUAUACACACGAAAUAGUAAAUAUUUGCAAUCUAGCGCUUUUUUGAUACGAUCUAGCGCCUUCUCGUCGGUGAGAGUUGACAGCAUUCAAUCCACAUUCAAUCAAAGUCGGCUGUCAGUGUCAGUGUCAAUGUCAGUGUUCGGUAAGUACCUAGGUUACGUGUACAGUACAGAGAUACACACGUAGGUACCUAUCGCUUCGCUUCGUUGUGACGUGUCGUGCGUUGCGUGGUGCAGAGUGCAAGCAAACUGCAACACAAAACAAACAAGGGUGCAGCGAAUUGCAAAUAAUUUAUCGUGCGUGGUAUUUGCUGGUGUACGUGUCCGUGGCCGCGUGGCGGUAUCGUUGUUAGAGCUUGUUUAAUAAUUUGAGACCUAUUCUGAAUAAUAAGUAGGUACUUACAUAGACACCUAAUCUCAUACGAAUAUUGAAGGAAAAAUAAUUAUAUAUUAUUAGGUAUCUACAAUUGAAUAAAGCUCAAUUAUUGAAAAUGACCACGGCAGCAAGGCCCACUUUUGAUCCGGCUAGAGGUGGACAAGGACGCGGCGAAAAGGAUUUGAGCGCUAUAUCUCGACAGUACUCCAGUAGAGAUCUGCCUGGACAUACGAAAUUAAAAUACAGACACCGAGGACAAGGCACCACUGAAGAGUUACGAUCAAGGGAUUUUCGCAAAGAACUAGACGAUAGAGAAAAAGAAAUUAAAGGCCCGAGCACAAGAAGGCUAAAUGAACCAUCCGCAAAGAGAGCCAAAGUGGAUCAAGUACCCGCUGCAAUUUUGGAUGCGGAUGAUCCCCUUGAAGGAGAUACUUCAGAAUCUGAUGAUUCCGAUGAUGACACUGCGGCAUUAUUAGAGGAAUUGAACAAAAUAAAAAAAGAGCGAGCAACAGAACAGGCAAAGAAGGAAGCUGAAAAGAAACGAGAAGAGGAGAGAAUACGAAUGGAAAACGUUUUUUCUGGGAAUCCUCUGUUGAAUUACUCGGGAGCAGAACAAAAAAAUUAUAUGAAGGUGAAAAGAAGAUGGGAUGGUGAUGUCGUUUUCAAAAACUGUGCUCGUUCUGAGCCACAAAAGAAAGGCAACACAUUUAUCAAUGACUCACUUAGGUCAGAAUUUCAUAAAAAAAACAUGGAAAAAUAUGUUAAAUAAUGAUAGUGUUAUUGAUUUUUUUGAGCUCUUAAUCUGUGAUUAGUCUGCUACUUUUAGCAGACGAUAAUCUAUUUGUUACAUUUUAAAACAAAAAAAAAAAAUGUUGUUUUCUUAUCAGCACAGUAUAAUAUUUUUCCAUGAUUUGUUAUAGUGAGCCAACAAAAACUGUACGAAAUCAGUAUUAAACAAGCAUUCUAUACAAUGCCUAUGUAUGGCUAUGUAUUAAAGGGCCCUAAGGCCGAUGUCUCAUUAGGUUAGGUGUUAUGUAUAAAUAUCAAUUUUAAUGAACGCUUUGUAUUUUUUUAUUUUUAUAUAUGUAAUUAUGUCUUCAUAUUACCCCUUUGUUUUAUAACAUCUUAGAUUAGAAGGGAGCGAAGCCCCGUGCAGAAUU